AUGUUACAGGCUGUGUUGGGAAAUGACACUCCGGAGUGCUUGACCACUGGACAUAAGAUCCUGCAGAAUCCCUACAGAAGUCUGGACUUUGACUCCAGUCGGCUCCAGCAAUCUGCCAUUCAUGACCUGAUAUGUGACCAUACUCUAUCUGCCGGAUGGUACCGAUUUAUGAUCUUUGACAAACCAGCGGAGAUGCCGACCAAGUGUGUGGAGAUGAACCACUGUGGGACACAAGCUCCGGUCUGGUUGUCUCUCCGGGACUCAGAGUCUCUCCCGCCACCAGGAGAGAUGCGGGCACUCACGGCCUGUGCCACGUGGCAAUUUUUCUUCAGCAGCACCAAGGACUGUUGUCUUUUCCGCAUCCCGGUGACCGUGAGAAAUUGUGGGGACUUCUUUGUGUAUUUUUUGCAACCUACCCAAGGAUGUAUGGGCUACUGUGCAGAGGUGGUGUCAGAAUCUAGAUCACAGUGCGACGAGGAGGAGAUAGAAGUAAAUGGUGCUUGUAUAAGUAAUCUAAACUCGCACAGUCUACUGUCCGAAUCUCCAACCACUCCGGAAAUCAUGGCGGAGACCGACGGCUCCAGUGUUUAUCUCAAGUGUUCCUUUGAUGCUCCUACUACAAACAGCUCAAUGGGAUUUAUUGUCAGAUGGUCCAGGCUCAUCAGUGAUGGGGUGAAAGAGGAACUGAGACAGGAGGCGGUCAUGCUGUCAUAUUCUACCAUCGAACUGGAUGGUAUUAAUGUCCGGCUGGGCGACCGGGUAUAUUGCAGUGUUUCCAGCUUCUACUUAGAGCAACCAGAUGUUCACGGGCUCACGCUUGAAAGCCAGGAAUUUUAUGCUGGCAUUAAGCUGCAUCCAGAGUCUCUGCGCAUAUCAGAAGAUGGAAGAGAAUACACCAUGACAGUGAAGAGCACCGUUCCGGUAUUAUGCGCAGAGAUAAGUCAGUUGCAGAAUGAGUGUAAGAUCACACUGAGGUUUCACACAGCCAUUGCAGCAGCUGAGGAGAAACACGACUCAGAUUUGGCCCUUUCCUCUUGUGAAGUGGAUCUCCUACCCUCGCUCUGCCAAAACGGAACGUGCGCUCAGGCCGUCCUCUAUUACACGGCAGUCAUAGACUUCGCAGCGGAUGGGGAGAAACUCACCAGCGUUGUGGCCGAACCCAUAGUAGCUACAAAUUUCCUGUGGGACGGUUACACGCCAGACAGCGUACAGAUCACGGUGAAGGACGUUCCUACUGCUCACUGCUACUCAUUCACCGACCCGCAUAUCAUCACAUUUGAUGGCAGAUAUUAUGAUAACUUCAACACUGGAACCUUCGUACUGUACAAGAGUGGGUCUCGUCAGUUUGAAGUUCACGUCCGACAGUGGGACUGUGGCAGCGUUGACCACCCAGCCUCAUGUAACUGUGGCUUUGUAGCCAAGGAAGGCGGAGAUAUUAUCACCUUUGAUAUGUGCAGCGGGCAGCUCCAUGAGUCUCAGCCUCACCUAUCCGUGAAGAGUCAGGAUUCAGCAGAGGCUAAUUUUAGGAUUACGGAAUCUUAUCUGGGCAGGAAGAUUACGAUCUCUUUCUCAUCCGGAGCUUUUAUCCGUGCCGACGUGAGUGAGUGGGGAAUGAGUUUAACCCUCCGGGCGCCCAGCUCUGACUUCAAGGACACGCUGGGACUGUGCGGAACGUUUGAUGGAAACCCGAGCAACGAUUUUCAUGAUACCAAAGGAGUCCAACUAGAAGAGACAGCCCAUAGCCGUUUUUAUUUCAUCAAUGAAUGGAAGAUUCCUGCAGGAGAAAGUUUCUUUGAUAAGGUACCUACUUCCAAGCCACCAAGCACCAGCUACACCAAGUAUUGCAGCUGCGCAGCAAAGACGGACAUUGCACAUCCACCCCUAAAUACGCAUGUCAGCAAUUCUCCGCAGGAUGAUCCCACCUGCACAGGCAAAGACAACGUGAGGUUCCCUAUGUUUGUACCAGUUCUGGAUGUCACCGAUGAGUACACAUUUUCUGCAGACACAAGUCACGAUGUAAGAAAGCGCUCAUUAGACAACGUACCGCUUGCGCACCACUCAUCGCCUGCUGAGGGCGGCCACCAUGGUGGUCCCAUUUACUGUUUAACCUGUAAGAACGAAUCGUGGAGAAACGUCAUCUCCAGGAGACAAACACAACACCUGGCAAGCAACAGAAACCAAGGCAACCGGCAGCAUCGUCAAGAACCCGCCGGCAGGAAACGCACUAAACGUCAGAAUUAUUAUGAGUACAUUUCAUCGUUUCCAUAUCAAAGUCUUAGCCAAACGGACUUGGAAGGAUUCAGUUACUUUUUCCCAGAAGACCACUCCACGGACCCACAGCAGGAGUUUCUCCCUUCUUGGCCAACUCCGUCAGGACUGACUCAUUCCCAUGCUUCAGCGGUUUGCCAGCAGGCUGUGUUUAACUCUAGUAUUGGGAAACUGUGCGUUGGAUUUCUGGAGAAACGGCUCAUGGAUGUGAAGGAUAUGUGCGUUACAGAUGUGUUGUUAAAGGACGACCUUGGCUGGGCAGAAGCGGGCCUGGCCCUCCUGGAGAAUGAAUGUGAAAGAAAACUUGUGGAAUUAGGAUAUGACAGAAAAAAACACUUGCAAACGCCUAUAGAUCACAUUGUCCUUGCCCUGAGAUGCCCCAGCCUCUGCAGUAGCAACGGGCAGUGUAUGGAUUGGGGCUGUGAGUGCUUUGACGGUUAUGGCUCAUAUGACUGCAGCGUUUUGUCUGACCAGGUGCCUGAGAUCUCUGAGCUUGAAAAUUCUGGGCUCUGUGAUGUCCGGAAGUAUGACUGUACGUCUGUUAGAGUAUUCGGACUGGGCUUCAGAGAGACAGCCGGCCUAAAGUGUGAAUUUACAAAGCAACAGUACAGCGGAAGCAGAUGGACUCUUCUGGAGCCAACACUAAUGGAUGCCACCUUCAGGAACUCCAAAGCUGUUGACUGCCAGAUUCCUGUAGAUGCUACCCAGACUGACGGAAUGGACCCAGUAGAUGACAAGCCCAUUGCAAGGUGGCAAAUUAAGGUAUCAAAUGAUGGGGAUGUGUUCAGUAACUUUAAAUCAAUGAUGUUGUAUGAUGGAGCCUGCCAGGUCUGUGACCCCUUUUCCGACGGGCUGUGUAUACUGAAGGAGAAAACAUGUAACAUCGAUGGGCUCUGCUAUGCUCAAGGCGACACAAACCCGACCAGCCCAUGUUUGCUCUGCAAACCGGAUGUCUCCAAGCUGACGUGGUCCGUCACUGAAAACAACCAGCCUCCUGUGAUUCAUUCGGUGCCUGAUAUAUUGCAGACGUUUUACAGUGAAAGCUUUCUGUACCAGUUCAUGGGCUCAGAUCCGGAAGGCUCGGCCAUCCUGUUCACGUUAGAAUCCGGUCCGGAGGCGGCCACGUUAUCUCCGGCAGGAUUGCUAAUCUGGAAAGUUAUGUCGCAGAGCACAGAAAGAUUCGUCUUUUCCGUAUCGGAUGACUGCAAUGCAAAGACCACAGUAACAGUGGAGGUUUUUGUCAAAGCGUGUGGCUGCUUGAACGGUGGAUCGUGUGUUGCCAACAUUAACUUCCCACCGGGAAAAGGGGAAUAUCUCUGCGUCUGCACAUCUGGGUUUGAGGGAGAAAACUGCCAGACGGACAUUGAUGACUGCCAGCCAAACCCGUGCGGUGCUGGGAAAUGUGAGGACAGAACGAACGGCUAUCACUGCGAAUGUCCCCUUGGUUUGAAAGGAAAGGCUUGUGAGGAGGACCUGGACGAGUGUUUAUCCACCCCUUGUUAUUCGGACGUACUUUGUAUAAAUACAUUUGGCUCAUACAGCUGUGAUCCCUGCCCCGAGGGCUAUGAAGGAGACGGAAGAACAUGUGAGCAAAUAUUUUUGACAACUCAGAGCCCCACAACGGAGGUCCCGGGAGGUUAUCAUGACAAUAAGCACAAUGGCAGUGGGAGAAACGGGAUAAAUGGUGGAAAUGAGAUUACCCAUUCUGACACAAAGCGAAGUGAUUCUCCUGCUGAUCCCAGCAACGCGGCACGUGACAAGAGUUCAGGAACUGGAACUGUACAAACCACGCGGAGGGCCCCAUCGCAUCUGACCAUCGUGGACACAAGGAGAACCACAUAUUCAAAAAUGUUGAACGGCCGAAGAACGACUACACACCUUUCCCACAACGGCUGGUUCACCAGUCAUCUAUCCAGGUCUGGCUACAGCGGAACAGGUACCAAUGGAUUUCCCACUGCGAGAACUGUCACCAACAUCUCUAGAUACCGGACAGCUUUGCACGAGAAGGCCUCAAAGGAAUACACCGCCAAGAAGACCGAGGACAGCGCAACGCCAAACAGAGUCUCUGACAAGCUAGAGCGGAGUUUCCACGUAGAUAACGUUUCGCUUCCAUACAACAGAAAGCAACUGGCGGGAGAGCUGAAGAGCCCAUUUACCGCAGCUCCGGAGAAACUAACUUGUGCAGAUUCUCCGUGUUUCCGCGGAGUUACUUGUGAACCGGGUAAAGAUGGUGGAUUCAAAUGUGGAAGAUGUCCCUACAGCUAUUAUGGCGACGGAGUAACUUGCAAAGCAAUUUGCCGGCAUCCAUGCGGAAGGAAUAUGGAAUGCUCUGCACCCAACGUCUGUAAAUGUAAGCCAGGCUUCUCUGGAUACAACUGUCAGACGGCUGUGUGCCGACCAAACUGCAAGAACCGUGGGAAGUGUGUGAGUCCUGAUGUCUGUGAAUGUGCUCCGGGAUAUGGUGGGGCCACAUGUGAUGAAGCUUAUUGUGAUCCGCCCUGUCAACACGGAGGCAUCUGUCAGGCUAGGAAUGUCUGCUCCUGUCCAUUUGGUUACGUUGGACCGUGGUGCGAAACAAUGGUGUGUAAUCGGCACUGUGAAAAUGGAGGUGAAUGUGUGUCCCCUGAUGUGUGCAAGUGCAGACCUGGCUGGAGCGGGCCUACCUGCGGCACAGCGGUGUGCCAGCCUGUUUGCCUCAAUGGGGGCACUUGCCUGAAGUCCAACGUCUGCCUGUGUCUCAAUGGCUUUUUUGGUGCUCAGUGUCAGAACGCGGUCUGCAGUCCUCCCUGUAAGAAUGGGGGUCAGUGCAUGAGGAAUAAUAUCUGCAGCUGCUCCGAUGGAUACGUUGGUAAAAGGUGUCAGACAAGUGUUUGUGAUCCGACAUGCAUGAACGGAGGUAAAUGCGUGGGACCCAAUCUUUGCUCUUGUCCGUCAGGCUGGAAAGGAAAGCGAUGCAACACACCAAUUUGCCUACCGAAAUGUAGGAAUGGGGGCGAGUGUAUCGGCCCCAACAUGUGCCAGUGCCCGCCGGAAUGGGAAGGGGCUCAGUGCCAGACCCCCGUCUGCAAUUACAAGUGUUUAUAUGGAGGCCGUUGUACGUCGCCUAAUGUGUGUUCCUGCCGCCCGGGAUAUGCUGGAGUAACGUGUAGCCAGAGAUUGCAGGGAUUACGGGGGUGAACAGGAGUUUCUAUAAGGACACAGAAGCAAAAUGAACAAUUCAAUGAAUACUGAAAAAAAAAAACCCCAAAAAACUAAAUAUUCUCCAGGAUGAAUACCGGCUGUUACAUCUGAGUGUCACAUCUCGGCAGGUCAUAGAGGAGAAGGCUGAAAUGAUGCACCAAUUUUGGUCAAGAAAAAAAAAAGAGAAUAUUCAGUAGCAAUAUCAAGAGGAACACUUACUGUAAUUAUCAGUUGCAUUGUACAUAUCUGCAAAUGUUAUAUGUUUCAUACCACUACUACUGCAAAAAGGACUCCACAUUCAGAUAUUAAUAUUGUAUAAGAGGAAAGCUUGGUUCAUCAUUGUGGGUUUAGGCUCCGAUUUAAAGGGGUAAUAUAAAAAUCUAAAUUUUUCUAUAAUAAAAUAUUUAUAUAUAUGAAGUUUAUUAACAAAAAAGGGCAUUUACAAACAUUUAUGCAGACGGACUGAUAACGAACAACACAGCUCAUUUGCUAGUAUUGCCAAAUGAUCUGCUGUUUCCAUGUCGUAAAUACAGUAAUGUGUUUUGUCUAUCGUCCCCUCAAUACUGUGUAAUAAGUAGCGCUUUGUAAAUAAAAAAUAGGAAUGACAACCAAAUCAGACAAUUGACUUCGUUGUCUGAUAUGCACAAGACAGAUAACUGCAAACUGAUGAUUGGUUGCGGGGGGGCUGGGCAACUUCUGCAACUGUAUGCAGUGUAAGUAAAUGAGCCGCAGUGGAAUGCAGUGGCAUACGGCUAUAUUGUCCCUGCUUACCUGCCUAUAACCAUUUUAGGUAUAUCAGACAACUUCCCACUGCUUCAUACCACUAACCCAACCAUUCCAUAACAUUCAGUACAUCCCAACAUUCCCAAUAAAAAAUUGGUAGGAGGGCAGUUGAAACCAUUCUCUGUUCCGGCCAUCUUGCACCUUUUCCCCAUGCAAACACAACAAUCUUUGAAUUUCCGAGGACCAGAAGGUGUCUGGUGUGCCAAACUAUCCUACAAAACCCCCCAGCAAUGUUAUGUGUUGUGCUGCAUCAGCUCUGCUGCUGGUUGUAGAGCAGGGACUGUCAAUCAUAUUAAUGAUGACCGUGAGAGGAUGAGGUUCUGAUGUGAUGUUAUUAAUAGAACAGGGUGUAGCUUAUAACAAAAUGGAACAAAAGAAUGAUGAAGAUACUUAAAAUAAGUUGGACGUGUGUAUUAUAACAGUGGGUGAUAUUAUUUUAUUAGUAUUUCUCUGUGCAGAGAGCUGUUUUUAUCAAUAGGCGUCAUCCGAAGCGUUUAACUGAUACAAUGCAUUUUUUUACAUUUAUACACAGAUUUAUACUUUAAUGCACAGGUUCUCAAACUCGGUCCUCAGGACCCCACACAGUGCAUGUUUUG